UGGCCUUCAACUUCUCUUUUUUGUCUCGUUGCAGCCGAGUUCACGUGCUCCUCCGAUGACGGGUGUCCGGACGAUCGGUUCUGCCUGGGCGGCGUGUGUGUGGACCCGUGCCCCAUCCUGACGCCCUGCCAGAGUCACCUCGAGGGCGGCCAAUGCGUGUCGAGAAACCACAUCCCCGUCUGCGAGUGUCCUGAAGGCACCCUAGCGAACACCGAGGCGAAUAUAUGUCUCCCCCUCAACGUCACUGUGGAAGGCUGUGAGCAUGAGGGCCGCCAGUACGCCCCGGGUGAGACGCGCUACGCCGCCAAGUGCAUGGAGCAGUGUCGUUGCCAAGCUGACGGGACCUUCACCUGCGGCCCGCUAUCCUGCCCGCCGGGACUCUUUGUGGCAGGUCAUCAUGCACAGCAAGAACUCUGCAUUGAGCUGCGUAAUCGGCCGGAGGCGGACGAAUGCUGCGUGGUGGUGGCGUGUGCCAACAGCCUGGCGCGACCCUUGUCCUCAGACUCGCCGCCGCUGGGCCACCUGCCGCCUGUCGCCCAGGACGUGUCUGGACUCACACUGACGGGCCGCUCCCUGACCUCCGCGCCGAACAGGGACGAGUACCAGAAAAGACUUGAAGAACUCGAGAAGGAACUUGCCAAGGGGAAAAACAGUGACAAGAAAACAUUAAAGGAUAACAAGAAAGCGACUACAGAAAACACGCCGGCGGAGGAGAAGGAGAUGCAGACCAGCACAAGUGUUCCUGAAGCCACCACUGAACAAGAGCCGAUGACUGAUGAAGUGGAGGUCACAACACUCCCCCCUGAGGAGAACUUGGAUCAAGUCGUGGAGGAGGCGACGGAGGCCGAAACCAUCACUACCACGGUCCCCUCUACGCUGGAGGAGGAAGUGGAAGAGGAAGCCCAGCCGGCGGUGAUUGUGGAGUACGACGAAGCGGGCGAACAGGUGCAUCGCAUCAAAGUCGAGGAACACGUAAUGGUAGUCACGACGACGGAGAUGCCGAUGGAGGAGGAAGAAGCCGCUACUGAUAUUCCUACUACUCCAGGGCCCGCGGAGCAAGAGGAAGAAGUGGCCAGAGAAGGGAAGAGCGUUGCAGAAGCCGAGACCAACUCCACCCAGGAACACGAGGAGAACUCCACCACCACUACCACCACCACCACCACCACCACCCCCAUCACCCCCAUUGACUUCCCCAAGGUGGACACGAAGGGCGGAUCAGGUGGCCUCAAGGUCCGUCAGGUGACCCACAACUCCACCACCCUCCUGCUGCCCACGAGCAAAGGUGGAGAGCUCUACUACAAGGCCGCUGAGAGUUCGGAGUGGCAGCAGAUGGAGGUGGAAGCUGGGAAGGACUCCAAGGAACUGACGGGGCUCCUCCCAUCCACACAAUAUACCCUGAAGUGGUCUGGAACCUUCGGGGGAUCGGCCAAGAUUACCAUUGACACGGAAGAGGGUUGCCGCGCGCAGAACGUGUCCUACGGCGUCGGGGAGCAGUGGUUCGAGGGAUGCGAGAAGAAGUGUUCCUGCAGACCCAACGGCAAAAGCGAGUGUCAGCCCCGAUGCGCCUUCCUGCCGGGUGAAGGCGCCAUGCAGGAUCCGACGUGCAUCGAGCGACCAGCGCCGGAGGACCCAGAGUGCUGCGUCACCCACGAGUGUUCCAGCCAUAACGAGUCCUCGGCAGCGGAAGGUCAGGAACUGGAGGCCAACCUGCCGAAGCUGCUGGUGACGGAGAAGAACCACAACUCCAUCACCCUCGCCUGGGACGACUUCAGGGGCAGGAAUUACCAGGGGGGCUACGUGGCGGAGUACCGGGAGGAGCAAGACCUUACCCCAGGCGCGGAGGAGGUGCCGUGGAUGAGGAAGGAGAUGCCCCUCGGCGAACUCCAACCCAAGCUUACCGUGGAGGGUCUGCAGCCCAACACUUUGUACGAGGCGCGAGUGUCCAUUUUCGACGAGGCGGAGGACAAGCGACGUGAGAGCACGGAGACCAUCAACGUGAGGACCGAAGCCGGGUGUAUGCACGGGAACGAGUCGUACCCUGUGGGGGAGUUCCUGCAGGGGUGUGAGGAGCGUUGCGAGUGCAUGGCCAGCGGCGAAGUCCAGUGCUUCGAGCGGUGUUCCCCCCCAUACGUGCGGGCUGGAUCAUACAAGGACGACCCACUGUGCAAGGAGCUGCCUCAUGAGACAGACGAAUGCUGCGCCUUGGCUCAGUGUGAGAGUAACGCCAAAGCCAGGGAGGAAUGCAUCGAUGUGGUGUGUGGGCCCAACGCAGUCUGCUCCCCCGAGGCUGCCGUCAUAAAGGAGCUCACACGCAUCGAGACGGAGGCAGAGAACUCCACGGAAUUAUGUCGCUGUCUCGACGGCUUCACCGGAAACGCAUCGGACGUCACCACCGGCUGUGUCCCAGACCCGAGCUCCGUCUCUAAGGAGGGCGGCUGCACCUUCAAGAACAGCACCUACAGGCCAGGCGACGUCUUCUUCGACCAGUGCGCCUACCGCUGCACCUGUAACAACAACACCGAGAUCGAGUGUGAGCCUCGCUGCGAGUUUCCCCAUGAGGACGGGUCAGAGAUGGAGCCUGGCUGUGAGUACAUCCCAGACCCUAACGAUUCCUGCUGCAAAAACCGCGUCUGCAACUCCACCUCAGAGGCCGCUACGGAUGCUGCCAGGGCUCCCUCGCUGCCCUCAGACGGCUGCACACAGGGCAACGUGACCUACGCCAGGCACGCCACCUUUUACCAGGGCUGUGAGGCCCAGUGUACCUGCAUUGGUUUUGGCGAUAUCUCCUGCACCCCAAGGUGCCCACCCUUCAAGAUUAUGCCGGAAGACGCGGAAAAAUGCCAAACUUUACCGGACCCAAAUGAUCCUUGUUGCUCCAUUACUGUCUGUGACAAGCCCACGCCUGAUGUCAUGAAAGCCAACAUCACAGAGUUAGAAAAUGAAGUGAUGAUGAACAUGACAGAGACAGACAAGGAAAUUAUGAAGAAUGAGAUGAAAAACAUGACUGAUUUUGAAAAGGAAAUGGUAAUGAAGAAGAUGCUCAAUAUGACAGACAUGGAAAAGAAGGAGGCAAUGAAAAACAUGACAGAAAUGAUUGAUGAUAUAAUCAUGAUAAGUGAAGCUGAUGAACAUAUGGAUACUCAUAAUGAAACUUUUGGCCAUGAUCACACACAUGAAAACGAAGAUGAACUCACUGGUGUACACACUCACGUUCACACUCAUGCUGAUGGCACAACACACAGCCAUCCCCAUGACCACAGCAAGAAUCACACUCAUGACAUGAUUGAUAUGAACCUGCACACUCAUGCAGAUGGAACCACUCACAGUCACCCACAUGAUCCAACUAUGAACCACACUCAUGAGCAUGACAUGGGAGAAAUGCACACCCAUGAAGAUGGAACCACCCAUAGUCACCCUCAUGAUGAAAGCUUUGGCCAUGAUCACACUCAUGAAAAUGAAGAUGAACUCACUGGUGUGCACACUCAUGUUCACACUCAUGCUGAUGGCACAACACACAGCCAUCCCCAUGACCACAGCAAGAACCACACUCAUGACAUGAUUGAUAUGAACCUGCACACUCAUGAAGAUGGAACCACUCACAGUCACCCACAUGAUCCAACUAUGAACCACACUCAUGAUCAUGAGCAUGACAUGGGAGGAAUACACACUCAUGAAGAUGGAACCACUCACAGUCACCCACAUGAUCCCUCCACCAAUCACUCCCAUGAUCAUGAACAUGACAUGGGAGGAAUGCACACCCAUGAAGAUGGAACCACUCACAGUCACUCUCAUGAUGAGACCUUUGGUCAUGAUCACACUCAUGAAAAUGAAGAUGAACUCACUGGUGUACACACUCACGUUCACACUCAUGCUGAUGGCACAACACACAGCCAUCCCCAUGACCACAGCAAGAACCACACUCAUGACAUGAUUGAUAUGAACCUGCACACUCAUGCAGAUGGUACCACUCACAGUCACCCACAUGAUCCAACUAUGAACCACACUCAUGACAUGAUUGAUAUGAACCUGCACACCCAUGAAGAUGGAACCACUCACAGUCACCCACAUGAUCCAACUAUGAACCACACUCAUGAUAUGAUUGAUAUGAACCUGCACACCCAUGAAGAUGGAACCACUCACAGUCACCCACAUGAUCCAGCUAUGAACCACACUCAUGACAUGAUUGAUAUGAACCUGCACACUCAUGAAGAUGGAACCACUCACAGUCACCCACAUGAUCCAACUAUGAACCACACUCAUGACCAUGAGCAUGACAUGGGAGGAAUACACACCCAUGAAGAUGGAACCACCCACAGUCACUCCCAUGAUGAAACUUUUGGCCAUGAUCAUACUCAUGAAAAUGAAGAUGAACUCUCUGGUGUACACACUCAUGUUCACACUCACGCUGAUGGCACAACACACAGCCAUCCCCAUGACCACAGCAAGAACCACACUCAUGACAUGUUUGAUAUGCACUUGCACACUCAUGAAGAUGGAACCACUCACAGUCACCCACAUGAUCCCUCCACCAAUCACUCCCAUGACCAUGAACAUGACAUGCAUGAUAUGCACCAUGAAAAUGACAUGGAUGGAAUCGGUAAUCACACACACAUGCAUGAAAAUGGUGUAGUACAUACUCACCCACAUGCUCAUGAAGAAGAUGAAAGCCAUAAUCAUACACACUUCAACUUUCUGGACAAGAGAAAUCGAGCUGAAGAUCUGGGCACCCAUGAUCUCAACAUCCUGAAAGUCACAGCUGUUAACGCCACCUCAGUCAUGAUCCGUGUGGCCGUUUCAGACGCUGUCAUGGACAAAGUUCUGUCCUCUGAGGAUCAACACUUCAUUGUCCUGUUCAGUCCUGACUCCCUCACCUGGUCAGAGAAGAAGAUCCUUGUGAAGGAUGUUCAAGUGGAAAACUUAAAUGAGAUUGUGAUGUAUCUCAAUGACCUUCAGCCUUCAACAGCCUACCAAUUCCGAGUGUCUUUCCUUGACCUGGUCAGCUCCACAUCCAAGGCCACACUCCUUGACAGCUCUCCUGAAGCAGGUGUGGCAGGACCCUCCAAGCCUGGGUGUGUUGUGGGGGAGCCGUUUGAUGAAGGAACAGAGUGUGGCCCACGGUGCACCUGUCUUGAGGGAGGGGAGAUCCACUGCAAGCCUCGGUGUCCUCCGUUUAACAUUAUGCCAGCCCUAAACCUGAAUUGCUCUGUUGUGCAAAGCCCAGAAGACCCUUGCUGUUUUGUGCCUGACUGUCCAGUGGAAUUACAUGACCCCAGUCUAUUUGGACCACUGGAAAUUACUGAAGUAACUCAAAUGAUACACAACAAUAAAUCAGAAAUAAACAUGACACAUGGGUCCAGCAGAGUGCCAGAGGAAAAUCAUUUUACAAACAAAUCAUUUACAGUUAUGGAUGAUGAUUUUAAUGAUGGUCCUGACAGAGGUUCCUUAAUGAGAGAGGAUAUUAUUCACACUACCACAGAUAAUGACAUGGUUGUACUAAAUGGCACGGGCAAGAACCAGCACACCAAUAAGACCUCCACUGAAGGAGAAAAACCUUCAUCAGAAAGACCUCAGAAGCACUUCACAUCAUUGAAUGACCUUCUGAUUAAACACAAGCAGCUUGGAAGUCUCCCACUCAACACGACAAGAACAUCAACUACUACUUCUACCACUUCUAAUAAUUCUUCUACCACCACCACCAAAACUCCAUUCCCAAAUAAUGGCAUGGAUGAAGAAGACAAAAUGUUGAUUGAGGGACACAUUAAAACACAAGAGUUGAGCCAAGAAGUUCCCCAUGAACAUAAUGCAACACUGAUGGUUAUUGUGGACAGAAAAAUCCCUGAAAAGAUUGGCACUACCCUAGAGGAGGAAUCAGGUGUUACAAACAGAGAUGAGGAGUCCAUAGCUAAAGAGGAAUAUUUUGAACCUUCAAAUUCAACCACAUAUGAUGUUGAAUAUUCUGUAGAUGAAACACAUCUACAAAGUAAUGAUGGUGGUAGUCUAUUUGUCAAUGGUACAAUUAGUAUCUUGCCAAAUAAAGUCAACAUAAAUGAGGUUGAUUCUUUGAAGAGUGAGACUGACUUGCCUGAACCUUCAGAACAUGACAAAAGUCACUUCUUCUCAGUCUCCAGUCAUGGAUCAGACAAAAGCAGCAUCAGUGAAUUGGCAGAGUCUGAUGCAGCUGAUGACCCAUUGUCUUCUCAAGCAGGUGAUGCUGAGGAUCCCAACCCUCGAAGUCAAGCCACUUACCUGCCUGAGCAUCAUGUCAAUAUCAGUGAGCUUUUGAAUGCAGAAUAUGAAGAAAACUUACAUCUACCUCUUGAAAAUAGUGAUGGUUUAGGACAACCAGAGAAAGAUAGUGGGUAUUUGCCUCUGAACCAAGAAGCUUCAUAUUUGCCAACUGGCCAGGAAGAUGAAGUUAAUUUUACAGAGGACAACUCAGAACAUUCCAACCAAAGCAGACACUCCAGCCGUGUUGAAACUUCUUACCAUGUUGAGUACAGUGAUGGCUCAGCUCACAGUGGUUCACCCUCACCAAACAUCCAUGAGGUUGUUUCUCACCACUCCGUCAAUGGAGAGGCACCCAUGCAUGAAAAGAAAGGUGUCUUGGAAUCCUCAGCCAAAAAUAACCAACAUGGCCAUAUUGAAGGUUUUGGGAUUGACACCUCAGUGAUGUGCUACCACAAUGAACGUUAUUACAAGCCUGGACAAGAGUUUUAUGAGGGUUGCUCCUUUGUAUGCAUCUGCUCUGAGAAUCUGGAGGUGCACUGUGCUGCCAUCGAGUGCCCGUUGUCCUUUGGCCUCGAGCUCAUUGAUCCUGACUGCCUGGACUGGGAACCAGACCCAGAUUUUAACCCUGAACCACCCAAAUGCUGUGGUCAGAUGAAAUGUGUCUCCACCUCUGCCUGUGAGUACAUGGGACAUAGAUUCAAGAACUAUGACCAGAUCCCUCGAGAGCUGACUGGCUGCUCUCAGGUCUGUACUUGCAACUAUGGCAACGUGACCUGCCGUGACCUCUGUGAACCAGUGCACACCAUCCCGCCCCAUGACCUGCACUGUGCCCCAGAGCAUGCUGUCAUUGUCACCUUGCCUGGGGAGACCUGCUGCCGAGCAUGGCAGUGUGCCACACACUCCGUUGAAAGUGUCCCUGCCAUCUUUCCUCUGCCCCCCGUGUCUGUGGUGGCAGCCCCGCCCACCCCUGCCCACCUGCCCACCUCCUUCCCUGCCACCCCUUACUAUGGGUCAGACGAGGUCAUCCCUGAGCCUUACAUUGCAUCCCAGGAUGCCAGAACCAUCCACCUGAUCUUCACCACUCCCAGUCUCUAUCAAGGCCUCCCGGGAGAACUCUUCCUGCGAUACACAAAUGAUCCAUUUGGACAGCCAGACCCAGAGACAUGGUCAAAGGAGGUGCUAGUGCCCAUGGGCUCAAUUAUCACCCAGUCUGAAUGGGACCACAUUCUUAGUGGCCUUGAGCCAGCCACUGAGUACACCCUUCAGGUGGUGCUCCAAGUCCAGGGAACUGAGCCAAUUCAGUCACACACUUUCACCUACACCACCAUGGAGGAAGCCACCACUCCCCCAACCACCACGCCACUGCCACGCCUGGACAUCGACGCAGAGCUCUAUGCCUCAGAGAUCACCAAGACGUCAGCAAAGGUGUCCUGGCGAACCUUCACUGACUAUGAGCUGCAGUACAUUGAUGGGGUGCAGGUGAAAUACACCCAGAAGAAUAACCUGAUCCCCAAGUUCAGCCAACUGUUCCACCGUAACAAUGACCAGACGGAUCUCCGUGACCUCCAGCCAGGCUCCACUUACACAGUUGACCUUGUCUUCAUCACCGACCAGAACCAGACCACCAAGGUGACCAACACCAAUCCCAUCACCUUCACCACACUGACAGAGGAAGAUCCAUAUGACUUUGAGAUUGGCAUCAGGCUUGGCAAGGUGUCCUCCCAGACUGCUGAGCUGUUCUACUCAGGUGUGCCGGAGCCUGAGGUGAAGUACGUCAAUAUCUAUCGUGUUGUCUACAUCAACGACAAUGAUAGAACUGACUCGCAGUCCUUCAAGAUCCCCAAGACUGGCCAAGAUAAGAAAAUGUUCCUGAGUGAGCUGAAACCAGAUGUAAAGUUUGUGGUGUGGCUGGAGGCCUUCCUCUCCAAUGGUCGCAAGAAGAAGAGUAACGUGGUUGAGUUUACGACAAAGGCUGGACAGCUUCCCACGCCUGAGAAGAGUGAAAUUGAUCCUGAAGACAGAGAUGAUAGCAAUGGAGAUAACUACUACGCUGCCCUGGUUGCUGUUGCCCUCAUUGCGGCCAUCGCUUGCCUCGGCUUCCUUGCUCUUCUUGUCAUUCUCCUGAGAAAACAGAAUCAUGCUAAGGCUCAUAUUAACUCAUCGAGGAACAACGCCUCGUAUGACAACCCGUCAUACAAGGUAGGGGACAAUACGUACGACAUGGAGAUGAAUGGUAUCAAGGGCAGCGGGAACGGCUCCACACAUCCCGACGAGCCAUAGUCCCAUGCAGCGGAGGCAUCACUCCUCACUCUUCUUGUGUUCUGUGUCAGUGGCCAUCCCUGGUGUCUCAUUCUUAGUCCUGUGCAGUGGAGGCAUCUUUCCUCCUCACCGUGCUUGUGUCCUGUGUCAGUAGCCAUCCUUAGUGUCCCAGUCAUAUCUAAUGUUUUUCCUUUUCUUUCCUUGUUUCACUGUAAUCCAGCUCAUGUAAAAAAAAUACUUCAGUCAAUAUUUCUGAUGUAAAUAAGUACUAUGUGACUAUUUGAGGCAUGUUAUUAUGCCCUUGACUGAAGUAAGAUGCCUGAGAGCUAAGCAUUAUUAUUUUUUUUACCGUCCUAUCAUAAUGUAGGUUAAGGCUUACUGGAAGGAUAGCUGCAGGUGAGAGAAAAUGUAUAGAAUAUAUACGAAUAUAUACUCAGGUGUUGAAUGCAGAAAGAAAUUCAUUGGUGAUUGGUAAGGAAUAACGUGUAACAUACAUUUGUGCGUUCAUUUUGUGAGUUUUAUAUAGGUAAUUCUUUUUUGUUCUUUAACAUUUAGACAUCACGAUAACAAACUUUCGAGCUUAAUACUAACGUGUGCUUUAGUCAUUUACAUAUUUCUAUUCCUAGGUAUUUAUAGUUGUCCAUAAAUCAAGAAAAAUCCCAGUGUAAUGAGCUGGGGUUUCAUAAACCAUUUGGUUGUGCCUUUCUAAGCAACAGUGCUGUAUGUAAGUGUGCCAUUAUUGUAUGCUAGCACAAACAAAUUGUAUGAUAGGGUUCUGUCAUCUCCGUCCCACAUUGCAGAACACACUGGAUGUUUGUGGGUGGAGAUUCAUUCCAACUGAACUCCUCUGUUGCCAGGGCUGGAGACCCUCAGAGCUCAUUUCACAUUGUUCCCCAUUUCCCACCCAACAUAUCCAGGUUGUACUUGUAAAGAAGAGUACAUUGCUUUUCCCACAGUUAAUAAAGGAUAUUCUCUUGUUCUGUGAUAAGAGAGGUUGAAGGUACUGGAACACAGCUCUGUGUCCUCCAGGCUUGGCUGGUGCCCUGAGUAUUGGUCAGGAUAGGUGUUUCUUGACUCAUCUCUCAUUUCUCAUGUGUAGAUAGGAAAAGCUCUGGGGGCCAUCCCUGGGAACAUUGCUAGUGAGUGUGUACAUGUGAUAGUUGAUUGGCCUGCAGCAUUUACCAGGUCAAGUUAUGCAAUAUUUUAAUUGUUAGGAGCAACGUUUGCUUAGUCUGUAUUUGUACUUUUUAUAUUUCGGUAGACAGUCACUAUACACUAGGAGCUCUUUCCACCAGUCUCAGGCUGGGGAGUGACUGCUGAUUGACUGGCCCACUUGAAGCUGCGCAGUGGGUGUCAUGUUCUGGAUGACGGACGUUCAUCAGUAACAAACUGACUUAUUGAGAGAAAAUAUAUUUUAGAGAUAUUUCUAUACCACAGCAGAAUAUUAUUUUAACAAAAAAAUCACACAUUACUCAAAAAUAUAUAUUAUAUAACUUGGCAUGUUUUAAUUAUUUCAAGUUGACUUGUUAAUAUUGGUGCAGCACUUGUACAGUUAUCAUUGUAAAGAUUUUGUGCAGGAAUGCACAUUAAACUACUCUUUUUAAAA